ACAACCACGUUUGGAUGCCGUUAUUCACUAUACCAAAGGUAUCGCAGCUUUCACGGCAAACAGGCUAAAACAGUCGUCCUGGCUUUGAUAUGAAACAUCAAGUACGAACAUGUUGGCUCGGGACACAUAAAGUCUGCAUGAAUGUUUGCCACGUGACCACGGUCUAGUUGCUGGCGCUCGUGAGAGCGAAAGGCAGGGAUGACGGAUUUCAGCAACUAGCAAGCACGCUGUGUGUGUCCGAUGAAUGCUGAAUAGGACUUCGACAUAGCUGAAUAGUAACUGCUUUUCCCUUUCCAUCUGGCCCAUCGAAUGUACCUAGAGUCGCAAGUCGGACGUUCGGAAAUGAACAAUUUCUGAGUUUUGAUUUACGAACUGGGAAUGAGACAAGUGUGGUAUCGGUUCUUUUUGUUUCUUGCGCACGCCGUGGAUCCGAGGCGGAUUUUAUUGGGUGAAAUUUUGAUUUCAAACUUAUAGCUUCGGUGAAGUGCAUGAAAACGGUAAAGCAACUUAAAAGAUGUAAAUCAACCAAGUCAGUGUUUCUUAAAUUAAGGAUUAGAUUUCUCAUUGCUGGCUAACGAGACAACUUGCUGUUAGCUACAGUGUGGAGCGGCACGGGCGUCGCUGAAUUAAUGUGUGCUGUGGAACUUCAAUAAAAGCCUGGAGUGCACGGAAGGCAAGCAGACACGCGCCUUGGAACGAGCGUCUCGCAACAAAGAAUCAAAGUUAUUUUCUUUAUUUCAUCUUUUAACAAUCGCAUUGUUGCGUCACGACCUGAAGAUUUCGUUUUGGAAUCUGGAUCUUAGUCGCUGGACGUUCUUUCUGUUGGGGCUUAAUACUUGCGGCUUAUUACGACUGUACCGCUGCGGCUCGUUUUGCAUAACUCAGAGACCAAUCUCUUAAACACCAAGGACUGUGAACCGAUGGACAGUACAGCAAAAUAUUCUUUGUACGGCAGCAUUUUCGACGUCAACCUGUAUGCCAUUUUCAAAUGAAUGUCGGUGACUUGUAUUUUCCUAAGGAUUAAUGUGUAGUUCCGUUCGAUGCAGUUCCAGCGUUCAUUUGAGUAUUUAACGAUUGGCCACUGGAAUAUCUGAGGGCGUGCAUUUGAAAAAUCAAAACAUGUUGAAGUCGUUCGCUUUAUAUAGUGGGGAUAUCUGGAACUUUUUCCGUGUUUAGACUGUUAGUACUAGAUAAAAGACCAAAACCUUCUCCGUGCCUUGUCCACUGGACAGCCGUCGAAUCCUUCAUGGUUCCUUAUGGUUUUGGCAUUUUCCCACGGAUGAAGUUAAGGAUCACCGAUUGUAAAUAAACGAAUAACCGGUUCACUUUGUCAAAGUAAAAGCUAUUAAGGAACUGCCUUACAACCGUGGAUGUCUACAAUGUCAGUUGCAUCUAUUUGCAGUGUAACUCUUCUGCUGUGUGCCAUCGUGCUCGUUUCAGAUGUUACCAGUAAAGUGCAGCCCACCAACUCGGACGCCCUCCUCUCGGUGUCUGCCGCCAGUGCUGUCUCCAUCCCACCUAGCGUUUACCUCCCAGCCAACUUCAAACUCUCCAACGCUCAGCUGGCCUUCUUUUUACGAGAAAUCAGGUCACCUUCGCAGGUCAACCAAUAUGGACACCCCCUGCAGCGUUCCGAAAGCUUUGUCGUCUUCCAAACCAAGGAAUUACCAGCAGUUAACAUCACCUUUGGACCUUUUUCACAAGACCAGACCCUUUCAAAGGACCUCCUGCAGCCAUCCAGCCCCUUGGAAAUUCCUAGUAGGCUUACAGUCAACUGGAAGGUCCGGGCUUUCAUAGUGCAGACCAAGGUCUUCUCCAGCAACCCCAAUGUCCAGGUGCUUUUCUACAUUGCUGGCCGAGACUGGGAUGACUUCAAGGUCCUCAACAAGCUCCCUUGUGUCCGACUUCAUGCCUUCAGGGACAUUCGUGAGAUUAAGACGUCCUGCAGGUUACGUGGGAACCUGGCCCAGUGCCUGGCUCAACUGGAAAUCCCUUCAAACUGGUUCAAUGUCAAUGUGGCUCCUCUUGGUCGACGCAAGGGUACCGAGGGGCUGGAACUGAGCGGAGAGACCCUGCAAGCGGAGCUGUACUACACUGUCCAUGAUCCGGACGCAAGCGGCGAGUGCGGGGACGGCUCUCCACGCCGGGGGGGAUCCCGGGGAGAGAUGCCCACACAGCACCCCCUGCUGCGCAUUGGGAGCAUCAGCCUGUACCAACCCAACCAGGAGCAGAUGGUGGUGGACAAACAGCUGGACAAGAACAUGUUCCUGCGGCUGCCGGAGAAACCCCUGAAGCCAGGAGAAACCCUUAGCAUCUUCCUGUUCCUCGUGCCCAACUCAACCGUUGAGCAGUUCACACUCAAGGUGAAAGCCAAGAAAGGGGUCAAUCUCAUCACUACGAGAUCCCAAAGCCCCCAGUGGACGGUGAAGUGUGAGGUGCAGUCCGGGGCCAAGCACUCCACCGGAACAGUGGACGUCAGCAAGAACAAGGAUGUGCAACUCGGCGAUGCCACCUCUGCUAUUGAGAUCAUGCAGCUGGACUUCGAGAUGGAAAACUUCACCAGCCAGUCGGUGACCCGUCGAAUUAACUGGAACAUUGACUACCGUGGUCAGAACCCACCUCCAGACUCAGACAAGGUGGUGACGGAGCUGACUGUGGUCCAGAAGGACAUUCAGGCCAUUGUCCCCCUCUCUAUGGACACUGAGAUCAUCAACACUGCAGUACUGACUGGCCGGACAGUUGCCAUCCCAGUGAAAGUCGUUUCCAUAGAAAUGAGUGGAGUCGUCACUGACAUCUCACCAAAUGUGGAAUGCAAGUCUGCCAAUGAAGAUAUUGUCAAGGUCUCCAUGAAUUGUGACUACGUUUUCGUCAAUGGGAAGGAGACGCGGGGGUCGAUGAACGCCAGGGUGGUGUUCAGCUACGAUCACCUGAGCGCCCCCCUGGAGCUGACGGUGUGGGUGCCCAAGCUGCCCCUUCAGCUUGAGCUCUCCGACAACAAGCUAAGCUACAUCAAGGGCUGGAGGGUCCCCAUACUGCCUGAUCGCAGGACAACCAGAGACAGUGACGAUGAGGAUGAAGAUGAUCGCAAGCUGAGCCGAGGCUGCACUCUCCAAUACCAGCACACCCAGGUCAGGGUGCUGACCCAGUUCCACACCACGUCGACCGAGGGCACUGACCAGGUUAUCACCAUGCUUGGUCCAGACUGGCAGGUGGAUGUUACCGACCUGGUGCAGGACUCACUAAAAGUGACCGACCCUAGAGUGGCUGAACUUGUGGACCGCACCAUCCUUGCAGGCCUCGAAGUUGGAAGUACUACACUUAAGGUCGAGUCUCCGCUUGUCAUGGAGGCCGUCUUGGGGGAGAUUCCCUUCUCUGUCACAGAUGACAAAGUGUCCAUUGUGGAGCUGCAAGUUCACACCAUCUCAAGUCUGUCUCUGACGCUACAAUCCAGCCCCGGUAACAGCCACACAAUGGUAGCCAAGGCAACGGGCUUGCAGACGCUUGCUGCGCCCAAACAGGAGGCAAUCCUUUCCAUCUGGGUCUACUACAGUGACAACACAGCAGUGCCUCUGAAUAUCUUUGACUCUAAAGACUAUAAUCUGAAUGCAUCUACCCUCGAUGAUAAGAUUGUGAUGGUAUCCCAAGACCCACAUCUGCGAUGGCCGGUCAUCACAGCCGAAGGCGAGGGAUCCGGAGAGGUAGUCCGUGUAGAGAUGACGAUCUGCGAGGCAUGCCAGAAGACCAAACGCAAGAGUGUCAUCGCUUCCUCUCCAGUAUAUGUUCGGGUUCGCUUUGGGCCAGAGGAGGACUCUGAAGAGGAGGGCGAAGGCAUGGUAACUGUCCAAGGCCAUGAAGAAUCACCAAACACAAGGAGACCACUUAUUGAUUCCAGUGUUGGUGAAAGUUACGGAGCAACAAAUGAGCAACCUGCCAGUGUUCCUAUUGACUACACUAACUUUCCAACCAUCAGCAGUCAGGAGCGGCCCACAGAAGGAGAUGAGGAUGAGGAGGACUUUGUCCAUGCACCUCGCAGUAUGACUGACCUGGAGAUAGGCAUGUACGCCCUCCUGGGUGUCUUCUGUCUGGCCAUCUUAGUGUUCCUCAUCAAUUGUAUCGUGUUUGUGCUAAAGUACCGCCACAAGCGCAUCCCCCCUGAGGGGCAGGCCAACAUGGACCACUCGCACCACUGGGUGUUUCUGGGAAACGGACAGCCCCUGCAAGCCCAGAAUGACCUCUCCCCGCAGCAGGCGGAGAGUCCCAGUAACCCUCUUGACUCGGCACAGACUUGCUGUCACGGAGACCAUCACAGCAGCGGCAGCUCUCAGACAAGCGUGCAGAGCCAGGUCCAUGGCAGGGGAGACGGAAGUUCAGGGGGGUCCACCAAGGAGUGCGGAGAGGAGCCCAACUCCCCCACCUCAAAGCGGAAGCGGGUCAAGUUCACCACCUUCACAACCCUCCCUAACGAGGACAUGCCCUAUAACUCCAUUCCCAUUGCUGACGAGGAGGACAUUCAGUGGGUCUGUCAGGACAUGGGCUUCCAGGACCCUGAGGAACUGCAUGACUACAUGCGUAGGAUAAAAGAAAUAGCCUAGUAGGCGGUGUGGUCCACCACUAAGCUUUCUAGAACUUUCCUUUCUGAAUUUCUCUUUUUUCACUUUAGUCGGGAUACCUUUUCACGAACCAAGGCCAGUUUUGUUUUUGUUUUGUUUUUUUGACUCACACAUUGCUAUUUUCCAUGCUCAUGCUCACUUGGAACAGUCACAAAAACAAAAACAUCAAGCAACUGUAAGACUUAACUCCAAACCAGAGUGCAAAAUGGCUUUGUGUGGCACAAUCCCCCUCAACCCAAAAUGGAACAGUCUAUCGACACAUGGACCAGUUCCUGUUAAGGAUGAUAAUGCCAGACUGCUACAGGUUGAACUGUUUUAGGCAGAAGGGGUUAAUUCUUGUAUGUGUAUGUGUCUAUUAAUAAUCAGAGUACCUCUUCCUACAAAGAGGAAUUUGAUGUGCAGAUCAGAAAUGCAGAGAAUGUUGGGAAGGAUGAUUCAUGGUGGCAAGGACAAGCUGAGCUUCAGUAAAUUUUCCAAGAAUCUGAUGGCAUUAUAUUCCCUCUUGUCAGUAUCAUUAAGUAUUCAUAAAAGCUAAUCUUUCUGCACCCAAUUCAGGUCCCUAACAUUGCUUUACUUAUCCCCCCUAUUUUUUUUAUCUUAAGCAUACACAAUCUGUAUGCAAGUUCUGUGCAGACUUGAUGAAAUGAUGUUAAUGGUCUCAAAUUGCCUUAUUAAGCGGACUUUUCUGAUUACGCCAGACUGUUUAUCCCAUUAUCUAUUGGGGAUAAUAGCUUUUGAUAACAGCAGGAAACACAAGAACGUCAUAUCUUUCCCAACAUUCUUUGCAUGAAAGGAGAGCUUUUGAGGCACAAUCAACAUUUUUUCCCAAAUUUGUAAAUGUUUGUAUUGUAGUAAUUAUCUAAUCAUGCAUACACAGUAAUAAAGCAAGUAUGUUAUCAUGCAUUACAUGCAUGUGUGUCAGCCCCACCCUACAAACUCCCCUGAAUAUGUACAUACCACCCCCCAGUACAGGCUUUGCACAGAAUUACACAUAUACAUUCCAUCGGGAUCAGCUGGAAACUGUGUGAGAGAAGCUUGCUUGGCUGAUCAUGUUAAUUAUCGGUAGUUCAGCGGUGUAUUCUGUAUUGCUAGAAUUUUCUGCAUAAUGCCCUUGUUGCAAUUAAGGAACUCUUAUAUCAUAAUGCCCUUGUUGCAGUUAUUAUGUCAGAAUGUAAAACAUCUUAUAUUGAAAAGGAACCUUAAUCCAUCACUCAUUCCUGGCUUCUCAAAGACCAGACAUUCCCAGUUUAUGUAACACCUGGUUAUUCUUCACUGCUAUACAGAUCUUCUCCUUAGAUGAUGACUGCAAACCAGUUCUUGUCAGGGACAUGUUCGUUUUCUUAAUUUCGAUGAACCGGAUCUUUGCUGUUCUGUACCAAACCAUUGAAGGGACUGUGAAUCUGUAAAACAAAACAGGCCGCAAUAUUAUUGACAAUGGACUUCAAAAUGCAUCACGUAGUCACAGAAGCAGUUUUCAAUGAAGGGAGAAGACAGAUUUAAUCAUUUGAGACCUAUCGAGAUUCUUCAUAGUAAGACAUCCUCUGGCAUUAUUUUACCUCAGCCUGGAAUGCAGUAUUUAGUACCUACCCAUUAAUUGUUUAGUUUUAUUCUACAGGCUUAUAUUAUUUAACAGCUUUUUAUACUCCAGAAAUAAGGUAGAAUCAUUAUAGACCUAUAGUGUUACUUGGAGUGCUUAAGGAACAGAUGAUACUGACUGGAGCAUAAACGACAGCAGGUAGUACAGUUCAGGUUGCAUGUUUAGUAAUUCAGAUGCUUCUGGUGAAAUCCAACAGUCGGCAGCAGAUAAGUCAAAAGGGCUUCUGGGUUUUGUGUGAGAAUGUUUUUGAGUGGGGUGGCAUCAGUCAAGUGGGAGGGUUUCAUAAAUGGAAAUCUAGCAUCUUUCAGGCCUCAGGGUUCUAAGUGUGGCUCCCAUUUUUAGGAGAAUGUGGGAAUCAUAUUCAUUAACUAUUCCAUAGGACUGUUUCACCAUGUCUAUAUUUUAUAAUUUUAUGUCCCUAUAGCAACAUAAUAAUCUGCAUCAUUUUGUUCUGUAACUGGAUUAUGUUACUGCCCUUAUUAUGGAAUUAUUCAGCAUCUUCAAUUCAAUUCAUGGACAAUGUAAAAGCUUUUCCUAGCCUGUCUCUCUGAAAAUUGUCAUUCAUUUUUGAGUCUUCAUGUGGACUCAUUCAUACAAAACAUAAAUUCCCUUUUACAGUAGAAAUGCAUUAAAACACAGGUCCUAGCUGUAACAACCUAUCUGAAAUGAAGGUGGAAAUAAUGUCUCUUGACAAAAGGUUUGUUUUGUACCCAAAGUGCACCAACUACACAAUUUAAACUUAUGAUGCCGUCUCGGGAUGAAUGUACAAAUCUGAGCUAUAGCUUGACCCCAGGGUAAAUGUGUGGUCGACUGAAAUGGUUCCACAUAAUUAUUGGGAUGUCUCUACUAGCAGCUACUGUAAUGGCUUUUAUUUGCCAUUUUAUCGCUGAUAACAUGAGCAUUUGUUUUUUAUGCAUUGUUUUAACAUGAUGUUUCUGGUCAUUUUAUACUUUUUUGUGUGUGUGUGUGUAUAUAUAUAUAUAUAUAUAUACAUUUCAGUGGAACACUUUUUGUAUCUCAAGGUUCUGUUAAAGAUGUUCAUGAUGUGCUUUUUUGGUGUGUUGUGUAAGCUGCUAGUAGAUGCUUUGCCUCUGCAGCUAAACACCUUGAGCUGUACCCUGUGGAGAGUAGCAGAGCGUGGUGGUGGCAGCCACGAGCUGCUGAACUGAAAGUGUUUAUGUGCAGAAUACUGUCAGAUUUCACUGUAUUCUCCUGCAGUCUCUUGUAAUCCCCCCCCCCCCCCCCAUCCCACCCCCGCUGUGUAUCUAAGUACUAAAGAAAAUGCAAUACAAAAACUGUUUGCCCCCCUCAUUUCACCACACCUGAAGUCACUCAGGUCCUGGCAGUGGUAUAGCAUUUGUUUGUCAAAAACACAUUUUGCUGAAUUUGAAUAUGAUCAGGGGUUUGUUCAACUAGAUGCUUACAUCUGUUGUUUCUAAAUGUGUGUUUUCCCCCUUUUCAUUUCUCCAGCUUCUAAUGCCUUAAAUUGUAUCAUUCUGCCAUAGCUGUAACCUCUCGAUAUUUAAUUAAUUUCAGUCCAGCCUCUAAACUUGUACAUAUUAAAGAGAAUGAUAUAAAAAGUGGUAAGUAUUAAAAACAUUUCUGUGUUCCAAGAUUU